UAAACAAAGAUUAUAAUUUGAGUGGGUCGGCUACUCGGGGAAAUGAAAUCAAUAGGAAAUCCAUUUGCAAUACUAAUGUUCAAAUUGGAGUAAUGUCAACGGCUUGACAUAAACAUUUCUAAGUGCCUUUUGUCUGAUUUAAAAGCCAAAUUUGGCACAGAUUCUACAACAUUUUCAGCAAAGAAAAAACACAACUUGAAUUGAAGAAGCAGCAAAAGAGAUCAUGAAGCUAGUUUGGUCCCCAGAAACAGCCUCAAAAGCUUAUAUUGACACUGUAAAAUCAUGUAAAACUUUUAGCGAAUCGAGCGUAGCUGAACUUGUAUCAGCCAUGGCUGCAGGAUGGAACGCCAGGCUAAUAGUCGAAACAUGGUGUCAAGGUGGGGACAUAGCCACGAGCAUUGGCCUUGCGGUUGCAAGCAAUCACACGGGUGGAAGGCAUAUUUGCAUAGUCCCAGACGAAGAAUCAAGAUCAAAUUACUAUAACGCUGUACAAAAACCUGGUUUGUCCGUCCAAGUCAUCGUUGGGGGUCCAGACGAGGCCAUGGAAGGUUUAGAUGGGAUUGAUUUCCUCGUGGUGGAUUGCAAGCAAGACGAGUAUGCCAGAAUACUUCAGGUGGCUAAAUUAGGCCAAAGAGGUGCCGUUUUGGUGUGCAAGAACACAGGCUCGAGGGAAGCCUUGGGGUUCAUGUGGCGAAGUUUCGUCGAUGGGAAAUCAAGAAUUGUGAGAUCAGUGUUUUUGCCUGUGGGGAAGGGGCUAGAUAUUGCUCAUGUGGGGGCAAAAACAGGAAAUGGAAAGGGGGACAAGAAAAAAUGGAUCAAACACAUUGAUACACAAUCAGGAGAAGAAUUUGUCAUCAGGAAGUGAAUUUUCCCUGAUAACGAAUAUUAAAAAAAUGUGAGAUUGCCACAUUUAUUUUAUUUUAUUAUUACUAUUAUUAUUUUUUGGCC